GAGUUCAGAAGAAAAAAAAUGGUGAUCAAGGAAAGUGACUUCGACGAAGCCCUCGGUUACGCGUUGCUCCGUGACGAUAUGGGGAAUAUCUGGGAUGCCAACAAGGAUCUGCGGAUGGUGAAUGGAACCAUGGAUCCGGAGCUGAUACAACGAGCAAAGGAACGGGCAAUUCGCGCUCAGUUGAAUUCAGCGGACGGGGACACUUGCGAGAUACAUGAUCAAUUCUAUCGAGAUCAUAAGCUGCUGUUAGUGUUAUUUCGAGCGCUUGCUGUUAUGCCUAUUUUGCGAUCUUCUCCUGGACGAAUUACGUUCAACUGGAAAUCUUGGGCCUCGGUGUAUGCUUACUGCUUUUAUGCCGUCAGCACUAUCGUUGUGUUGAUUGUGGGCUACGAGCGGGUUCAGAUAUUGCAGAACACGAAAAAGUUCGACGAGUAUAUCUAUGGAAUUGUGUUUGUCGUAUUUCUUGUGCCCCAUUUUUGGAUUCCAUUCGUUGGAUGGGGAGUCGCAAAGCAUGUUGCUGUGUACAAAACCAUGUGGGGAACGUUUCAAGUGCGCUACUAUCGUGUAACUGGAACAAACCUGGAGUUUCCACAUUUGAAGUUACUGAUUGUGAUUUUCUCUGUCGGUUGUUUGAUCUGCGCCAUUAUAUUUCUUCUAUCGUUGAGCUUUUUAUUGGACGGAUUCAGUCUUUGGCAUACGUCGGCCUACUAUCAUAUAAUAACGAUGCUUAACAUGAACAGUUCUCUGUGGUACAUUAACUGUCGUGGAAUUCGAGUAGCAUCGUCGAGCCUGUCUAACCGUUUUCGGAAAGAUGUUGCCGUAGAAUGUACCGCUGCAACGAUCUCCCAGUACCGAUUUCUUUGGUUGAAUUUAAGUGAAUUGCUUCAAUUGCUGGGUAAUGUCUAUGCGCGUACAUACUCUACUUACUGUCUUUUCAUGUUCGUUAACAUCACGGUCGCCAUCUACGGUGCUUUUUCGGAAGUAAUCGAUCACGGGUUUGGAUUUUCCUUCAAAGAGAUUGGUUUGAUCAUCGAUGCGUUCUAUUGUUCGACGUUAUUAUUUAUUUUCUGUGAUUGCUCACACAACGCAACUCUUCAGGUCGCUCAAGGAGUACAGAACACUCUGCUGGGAAUUAAUCUACUAAAGGUUGACCAACCGACACAGAAGGAAAUCGAUCUGUUCAUCCAAGCGAUCGAGAUGAAUCCGGCCAUCGUAAGCCUCAAGGGCUAUGCAGCAGUCAAUCGCGAGCUGCUGACGGCGAGCAUCGGUACGAUUGCGAUCUACUUGGUGGUUUUGCUUCAGUUCAAACUGUCACUGAUAUCGCAACAGAUGCCACCGGAGCUACUCCAGACCAUCAAGUAUCUUCAUGAGGCCAACUGAUUUAUAGUACGACGGUUAAUACUUUAAAAUACGAAACUAGUAGUGUAUAACAAUAUUACCAUCAUUAGUUCAUGAGUAUGUUUUGGAG